AUGAAUUUCAAUAUCAUUGCAAUAGCAUCAGGCCAGUUUCUUUCUAUUCUCAAUACGUUCACAGGCAUAUUUUCAAAACUUCUCAUCAUUCUAGGUCUAAACACUCCUCUAUUUCAAAUAGUGUGGAAUUAUUUCUUACUUUUCGUUAUAUAUCUCUCAAUCAUAAUUUACACAAAGCGUCAAAUUGCCUGAAAGCAGCUUUGGAAAUAUGCUUUGGCCUCCCUCACAGACACACAAUGCAACUUUUUAGUAAUUUUGGGCUAUGAGUACACAAGCAUUAUUAGCGUUUUUACGCUUUCUAACUCUUCUGUGAUUAUGGUCAUGAUCUUGUCUUUUAUCUUUUUAAAAAGGAGGUUUAGCUAUUGGGAAUAUGGAGGCGCAGGAGUAGCUUUGACUGGAGUCAUUUGUGUGGUUCUUUCAGAUUUGAACAGUUCUAAAUGGGAGUGGGGAGGAACAAUACAUGGAGACUUGUGUGUGCUUUUCGGAACUUUGCUUUAUUCAAUGUAAGAUGUAGCUAGAACGAAUAUUUGGUCUGAGCAUUUAUUUGUGAAUAAUCAUGACCCUAACACCUAUUUAACAACUUUAGGGUUUUCUGGAAUGCUCAUUACAUUGACUCAAUCUUUGAUUAUGGAAUAUGAUUAUAUUACAUCUAUAGAUUCCAUAUCUCAGGUUGGGUGCUAUGCAGGGUUUGCUAUUUGUUUGGCGUCAAUGUACUCAAUCAGCCCUUACUAUUUCGUGAAAUAUGGAGCAACAAUGUACAAUUUAUCUCUUUUGACUUCAUUACUAUAUGGAGUAAUAUUUGGAGUUUUACUGUUUCAUGAAGGAAUGUCCUGGUUUUAUAUUAUUAGCUUCACACUUGUGCUUUGUGGAAUUGUUAUUUAUAACAAGCCUAAAGCUAAAGAAGUCGAAAAAGGAAACACUUUGCUCGCUCUCAAUGAUAGCCAAAAUAAAGACGAGCUAGGAAUCAGCUUAAACUUUUAA